UCCGCAGCUUUUUGAGCGCGCUUUCAGUUCGUUUCCGGCGUUUGCAGUGUCCGGUUGCGGUGUUGCGUCAGCUCUAUAUCUUUUCGCAUAAAUUUGGCGCGCUCGCGAUGUAGUGCGUCGAAAAGUUGUUUUAUUUGUCAAAUUGAAUUCUUGUUUAAUUUUGGUCUGACAUUUUACAAAGACCAUCUCAGGUUUUUAUUCUAAUUUUUAGAAAUUUAUUUCCUCACACUUUAGUUCGUUAAAAGGCGAUUUUUAAAAUGUCGGCCACCGAACGCAAAGACAAUAAAAUAGUGCCAAAAGGGGAAAAACUACCUGUACCGCAGUUAAACCCCAGUUAUACUGUCCGAGUGAUUUGUUGCGUGCUUUUCAUAUUCCUGGCUGAAAUAUUCCUGGCCCAUUACAUUUACAGACUCAUAAACUCUGAAAUAAAAGAAAAUUACCUCAGCAAGCACGACUUUCGUUACAACUUCCAAAACGAAAUUCGCACGGAAUUCUUCAGAGAAGAAAUUGUCCGAAUAGUGACAUAUAUCAACGCCAAAAACGAAGCAAAACUAAACAAGAACGAAGAUCAGAAACCGACAACAAGCGCGAGAAAAAAACGAAGUGUGGGUAGGAUUAGCGAAUACAAUUAUUUGGCAGAUGCAAACACUGAGGAACCUUAUAGACGUUUUCGAAGUCCUAAAGUAAGAGCUGUAGCUGAGGACUCUGGUGGUGAUGGAAAGAAAAAGCCUGAACAUCCUGGACAAGGUCCUGGAGAUGACUGGAUUUGGGUUUCGAGUACCAGUCGAAUACCGAAAACUCCGUAA